UUACAAAUGGCACAUUCGUUCCGUUGAAGAAAGUUUUUUUAGUGGGUGGUAUUCUUGUUUUCUGCUCUAUGAUUCUGAUAUGUAUGUGACUUAUUUGUUUUAAUUAAUUUACUGUAUAAUGAUUUUCUGGGAAAAUUAAAUGUAAUCCGAAAGGGUGAUUAUUCAAUUGCAUUAUAAACAAGUGUUGAAUCAGAGUGUUCAAAAUAAAUUGUAAUGAGAUUUUGUUUCUAAUUUUUACUUAGUUAUACUGAAGAGGGCUUAUGAUCUUGUGGCAGGCUUGUAUAAAUAAAGUUGACAUUCUCGAAGACGAAUCGGAGGUAAAUGGUUCGGAAAAAGACCCGACUUGCUGGAUCGGAUAAGCCAGUUAAUUCCGAUGUUUACAAUGAUAUUAAAUCUCAUAUGGCAAGAAGCAGAGAGUGCUGUAAUGAAAUGUUGGAAUAUAGAAGAAGGGUGGAGGAAGCCGACAAUUCGAACGUGGACUACAAAAAUUUUCUGUUGCGUAUUCUACCCAAGGAAGGACCGAUCGAAUCACGUAAAAAACGAAGAGAAAAAUAUGAUGAUGUAUUUCAGGAUGAUGAUAUUGAUUGUAGCAGUGAGGAGGACAUAGAUCCUCAGAUCAAACUUUUCUUUACGUGUUUGAAGGAACAUGAAAAGUCCUAUGUACUUGAAUGUAAUGAUGUGGUCAUCAAAUAUGAAGGAGAUGACUCAAGUUCGUUUGAAGAAUGCGAACCAGAUCCAAGGAGGAAGCUAAGGAGUGCUACGAAACAGAAAGUGGGGCCCACCGAUGUAGAUAACCAACUCAAGGAUGAUUCAAUCAAGAAUCUGAAUUGUGGAAAGUCGAGGCGUAAGGAGGAGGCCAAGAUUGAGACAGUGGAGAAUGUAAAAUUCUCGACUAAACGGAAAGUGGGGCCCACGGAUGUAGAUAACCAACUCGUGGAUGAUUCAAUCAAGAAUCUAAAUUGUGGAAAAUUGAGGCGUAAGGAGGCCAAGAGUGAGACAGUGGAGAAUGUAAAAUUCUCGACUAAACAGAAAGUGGGGCCCACCGAUGUAGGUAACCAAUUCAUGGAUGAUUCAAUCAAGAAUCUGAAUUGUGGAAAAUCGAGGCGGAAGGAGGAGGCCAGGAGUGAGACAGUGGAGAAUGUAAAAUUCUCGACUAAUGGGAUAGUGCCCGAUCCUCAUUAUAUUGAUUUUUUUAAUAAUCUCAAAGUUGUAAACGAUCACUGUGCUUACACGCGUGGGCGUCACACAGUAGUAUACGAGUGGAAUGAUGGAAAGAAGAAGAAUAGCUCGAAGAAAGAGGAGCAAGAUGAAGAGUGCUCUUCUGAUGUUGAAAUCAUAGAUUGUACUUUGUUCGACAAGGAAGUGAAUAAGGACAGCAAUUUAGGUGAUCCUAGUACACGGUGUGAAUUUAGGAAGCAGGUUAUUGAUGUUCUUAGAAAGCCUUAUGACAGAGAAGAGUAUACGGAGCUUUUGAUGGAUAUUCGACAGCGUAAGCAAGAAGGGAGACAUAGGGAAUUACGUCAUGGGAGAGAGGGACCAUGCUCGGUUGACAAAGACGGAAAGUCUUACCUCGAUCACCAUCCUGAUCUUAGAGAAGUGUUCUUACGAUUCGUAGACGAUAAACCAAAAUGUUUGAAUCUGUUCCGAGGGUUUUUCUUUUGGCUUCAGAAUUUUCUGCAGCAUGAAGCAUUCAAACCUUGGUUAGACGAAGAAUGCCUUGCCAUAAGGCCAGGAUCUUGUUAAGACUCUUAAUAUUGUCCUCCUGGCUUUUCUCUGCCUAUAAUUUAGGGGAUGACGUGGAAAAUCUUUUUUGGCUGCAUUUUUUGAGUCUAGGUUGUAAAAAAUUGUGCUUCGUUUUUGCAGAGGAAGUUGCUUUCUUUUUUUCUUUUUUUUUUUGUGAACGCUUUUUGCAACAAAGAAUUUGUAAAAGCCGAUUUUGCAAGUGAGGGCUUCACUUAUUAUAUGAAUUUCUGAUUAGCUUUA